AUGAAAUUCGUCGGUCUGAUUUCCCUGCUGCUGGUGGGUCUGUACAUGGUCACCAACUGGCUCUUUAUCAACGUGCUCCCACACAGAUACAUCUUCGACAAGGAUGAGCUCAUGACCAUGGUCAACCAGACUCUGGAGCGAAACCCCGACGGAAACUCGACCGCCAUUCUGACCGAUCUGGGCGCCUCUCUGCACGACCGAUAUGGCAAGUUCAUCAACGAGCUCAACUUUGACGAGUGGGUCUUCAACAACGCCGGAGGAGCCAUGGGAUCCAUGUUUGUGCUCCAUGCCUCUGUCACCGAGUACCUCAUCUUCUUUGGCACUGCUGUCGGCACCGAGGGCCACACCGGAGUGCAUUACGCCGAUGACCACUUCAUGAUGCUCACCAAGUACCAGAUGGCCCACACUGCCGGCGAGCUGGAGCCUGAGGUGUACUACCCCGGCUCUUCUCACCACCUCAAGCGAGGUGUUGCUAAGCAGUACCACAUGCCCGGCGGUGCCUGGGCUCUUGAGCUUGCUCAGGGAUGGAUCCCCGCCAUGCUUCCCUUCGGCUUCCUCGACACUCUGUCCUCUACCAUGGACAUCGAGACUCUGUGGAAGACCGUCAAGAUCUCGGCCGUUAACAUGGUUCGAAACGCUCUUUGGGGUAAGAUCUAA